AAUAAAACCUUAAUAGUGUUCUCCUCCAUCUCCGUCUCGCUUCCAAAUCUUCUCCCUUUCACCACUCGACACUUCUCGUGCUCCUUCUCCACUCAGAUCGGUUCACGGCGACUACCUCAUACGCCGACUCAGGCACCCAUGAGGGGUAUUAUGUCUUUGCAAAGAGCAGCUUUGGCUCGGGGCCACAGUGAGAAGUGGGCAAGGUGCUUUAGAUCGUUCAGUACCCAGGGUGCAGCAACUGGUACCACACCACAACCACCACCACCUCAUUUGUGUGAUUGUUUGGGAGUUGAUAUCAGUGUGGAAUUUUAAAGUGCAUCAAGUUUGGAGCCCUUGUAUUGACAAGAAUAUCUCAAAAAUCAGAAUGAAGGAAGAAGAAGUGAAUAGAUGUCAGAUACAAGAAUGGUACCCAAAAUUCAAAUCCGUUUCCAUCAAAACCCUAAUUCACGAGCUCCCCGAACCCUUCGUUGAAUACCUUCUUGAUGAUUCUGGACCAUUCCUUCUCCCAAUUUCAAUCACCAAUGAAGAUGCUUUACCCAAUAGAGUCCACAAUCCACACGAGGAAGAGGACUAUCAAGUCUCGGAAGGUUCCGGUGAUGAAUCAGAGCAACCAUCAUCAUCACCACCUUCAUUCCCGAAACUCGAACUGGAAAUUAAGGAAUCUAUUAAAACCCUAGGCGGCGCCAUUUUCCCUAAACUCAAUUGGAGUGCACCAAAGGAUGCAUCCUGGAUCAGCACCACCGGAACUCUAAGAUGCACUUCAUUCAGUGAGAUUGCUCUCUUAUUCAAAUCAUCUGAUUCACUCGUUCAUGAUUUGUGUCAUGCCUAUGAUUCUUGCUCAGACAAGACCUCAUCGAGGCCUCGUAGCUUCUUCCUUGCUCUUCGGAAAUGGUACCCAUCAUUUAGGCCAGACAUGGAGUUUCGUUGCUUUGUCAAAGGCCAACACUUGAUUGGUAUCUCACAGCGCGAGGUAACAACAUUCUAUCCUGUUUUGAUGGAGAAGAAAGAUGAUGUUCGAACUUUGAUUCAUGACUUUUUUACGAACAAGAUUAGAUCACGAUUCGAUUCAGAAAAUUACACAUUUGAUGUUUAUGUAACUGGGGAUGACAGAGUUAAGCUUAUGGAUUUCAAUCCAUGGGCUGCAUUUACUCUCCCAUUGUUGUUCACAUGGGAGGAAUUGGAUCAAGAAAUAGAGGUGGAUAUGAGGAUAGUGGAAAGCCGGCGUGAGGUUCGGCCUGGUUUGAAGACAGCAGUUCCAUAUGAUUAUUUCGAUACAAGCCCGGGAAGUGGUUGGGACCAAUUCCUUAGGAAUGUUGGGGAAGAAGAGUUAACUCAUCAAAAUAAGGGUGCUUAACAGUUAACUGUAUCAUCAUUUUGAUCUUUCAAGUUUGAUUGAAUUCGAAUUCGAAUAUGAAUGUUAUUAUGUUAUGUUGUUGAUGUUGUUUCACUUUGGAAAUUGGAAUAGCUCAGACAUGAAUCAUGAAUACUUUACUUGAAAAAGAGUUUGCCUUUAAUUAUGGUUUAAUGAACUUUUUCAAGUGUUUUGGAAUAUGAUUAUUAUAGUGCAAUUUAUUGGGUUUCAUUGCUA